AUGGAUUUCUUCUUCUCAAGCCAAGCACAAUCAACUAACAAAGAGGAGAGUAAUGACGAGAGGAACAACCCAGUUGUGGAUGCUAAAGUAAAUGAUACGUUUCAAGUUUUUGAAGAUGGAGUCAAUAGGACAUACGAAUUAACUAGAGAAAAACUUAAAGAUUUAGUACACGAAAAUGAAGAUGGUAUAGAAUUAAAUAUACCACUUGAUGAAUCGACCACAGAAAAAGCUAAUUAUUAUUUGAAGCAAUUAGAUAAUAAUUUGGCUCAUGUUGAAAACGUAGCAUCUUCCUAUUGGGGUAAAUUUAGUGUUGCAGGAACUGGUUUCCUCUCUUCUGUUUCAGAUACCUUAGGUGCACAAUUAAAGGAAUUAGCAAUAAUUGAAUCAGGACCUGAAUCUGAGUCUGAAAAGGCGGCUGAAACAAAUAAGAACAUUGUGGCUGGUAACAGAACUGAAGCUGAACUAAAAAAGUUAUCGAACGAUAAAGAAAUAUACUUGAAGAAUGAUAUAGAUAUCUCUGCCGAAGGAAAGGAUCUUGAUAUUGAUGGAAAAACAGCAGAAAUAAGUAAAUUGCUGUCCAAUGAUAAAGAUUUAGAAACCCUUAUGAAUGAACUUGUUCCACAUACAAUAAAGUAUAACGACUUUUGGAGUAUAUAUUUUAUUGAGAAGGGAAGAAUAUUGGAUAUGGAAGAAAAGCGGAGAAAUAUUUUGCAGAAGACUAGUAUGGAAGUAGAGAGAGAUGAAGAAAUUGGCUGGGACGACGAUGAGGAGGAGGAGGAGAAUGAAAGCCAGCAACUUGAGCCAACUAAAAAUGAAACAACUCUAAGUGGAACCGAAACUCCAGUAAUAAUAGAAAAAGAAGAUGCUUUAGAAUUUGAAGCAGCAGCUAAUAAGAAACAAGAGAAUACAAAAUCUUCCAAUAAUAUUGAUAAAGAUGAAGAUGAAUGA